ACAUAGCUACAGUAGUCUCAUGUUAAUUAACUCAAAACAUUUAGCUCGAUUUAAACUAACGAAAUUACUAGUCGAAAACGGUAACGUGGAGUAGAAGUAAAAACAUCAUGUGAAAUCAAACUGUAGCAAACUUUCUGUAUUGCGAUUCCUUCAUCCCCCAAAAAUAUUUCCAUAGUCCCUCCUUCUCCCAACUCCGACUCACUCCUCCACAGGGUUUGUUUCUUGGACCAUGGCGCUGCACUCUGAUCGUUUCACUGUAUACGUGGCGUUUCAUUUUGUUAUUAUAGCAUUACUUAAUUUUACCUUAGCAACCCCGGGUAGAGGCAGCUCCAGUGUUUUGUCACUGCUGCAGCCGUAUGAUUUCUUGUAUUACAGUGGAGUACGCUCAUAUUUUGGUGAGGAGUGGGUAAAGGCUGCGGAGCUGCUGGAGAAAGCCAUCGUGACCAAGGAAUCACUGUUUAGAGUCCGCAGGCAGUGUCAUGAUGACUGUGUGACAGCAGGGAGAGAGGCGUUCAAUAAACUGGAUAUUGAAGAGGGGCGUCUGUGGGACCUCUGGACCUUUGAUUGGGUGCAGCAGAGAGCUGAAUGUUUGAGGUUCUGUAUUGGACACUCUAUCUCACCCGCAGGACAGCUCCCAGUUUCUACUGACAUAGAGUAUGAAUUCAGCUCUCGCAACCCUUACAACUUCCUGCAGGUCACAUAUUAUAAGUUGGAAAAGUUGCAGAAGGCAGCAUCAGCAGCUCAUACCUACUUUGUGGCCAACCCCAGUCACUUAGAGAUGAGGAACAACAUUGAGAAGUACAGACGGAUGGAGGGAGUAACCGAGGACGCCUUCCAGGACAGAGAGCUUGAGAAUGAGAAACACUGGGUCCUUUAUGAUUCUGCAGUUCAGUAUGAGGCCUCCUCUGACUGGGUGCAAGCAGCAGGGAAAUGGAAAGCAUCUGUGAAUGAAACACUGCGGCAGACAGACGAGUGCAGGGUGCAGUGUGAGGUGGCCUCUCAGAGGCUGCCAGAGGACAGGGGAGUGGACAGUGUUGAUGGCGUGUUCGAGAAGGCUGCAGCUCUUUCCCUUUCCCUGCUCUCGUGCCGGCAAUCAUGUGUGACUCAGGUAGCCACAAGACCCGGAAGGAUUUCUUCUCAGGAGGACUUCCUGCCAACACAGCUGGAGCAUCUGCAUAUUGCACAGUUCAAAGCUGGUGAUAUUAGUGGAGCAGUGCAGACACUUCGCUCUCUUCUCCUGUUUUACCCCUCUGACAAGGACUCCUUAGACAACCUGCAGCUCUACUAUGAGACACUAGGAGGAGACACAGAGUCACAGGGCACACAGCCUGCUCAGGAGAUUGUGAGAUACAUUAGUCGUGCUUUGGAGGAGAAGAAGCUACUGUAUUUUGGUAUGGAGAACCUUGACUUCAGUUUUACCGACCCAGAUCUUUGGACUCCAGAAGAUGUUGUACCUGAAUCACUGAGGGAUAGUUGGAGAGCUGAAAAAGAGAAAAUAAAUGAGAGAAUUAAAGAGCAAGAGCAGAAAGAGGAGGUGGAUGACAGUGGAUUUUUUGCAGGUGGUCCAGUCCAUCAGGUGGGUGUGACCAUCACCAUGGAUGACAAGGUUAUGAAUGGGACCAAUCGCGUAGUACUCGAUGGAGUCAUGACUGAGAAGGAGUGUGACAGAAUACUGCAGUUAGCAACAGCUGCAGCAUCUGCUGGAGAUGGUUACCGGGGACGCCGGUCUCCGCACACGCCUCAUGAGACGUUUGAGGGCCUGACUGUCCUCAGGUCUGUAAAGUUGGCUCAAGAUGGCCUGGUGAACCAAUCAGAUGCCCGGCUGUUACAUGAGCUGGGCGAGAGAGUGAAAAACCUGCUGCACUCAUACUUUAGGAGCCCUUCAGGACUCUUCACCUCUUUCACACACCUGGUCUGCCGCAGUGCUAUCGCAGGAGACCAGGAGGGCAGGCUGGACCUGUCUCACCCUGUCCAUGUUGACAACUGUCUCCUAGAGCCGGAGACCAAUCAGUGCUGGAGGGAACCGCCAGCAUUCAUACACAGAGACCUCAGUGCCAUUCUCUACCUGAAUGACAACUUUGAUGGAGGAGAGUUGUUCUUUACUAACAGGGACGCCAAGACAGUAACAGCUCGAGUAAAACCCAGCUGCGGUCGACUGGUGGGCUUCUCGUCAGGUCCAGUAAAUCCACACGGUGUUACUGCAGUGACCAGUGGCCGGCGGUGCACACUGGCCCUCUGGUUUACCAAGGAGAAGCUCUACAGGGACAUGGAGCGAGAGGAGGCAGAGGCCAUGUGGGCAGCAGACGGACAGAGUGUGGUGAAAAAAGACAACGAGGAGGCAGAGGGCGGCGCCGCCACCCCCGGCAGGAACGCUCGGAACCAAGCAUCAAAGGAGAGGAGCAAAGGGAGAGGCAGGGUGACAGGGGGCAAAGAUGAGCUGUGAGAGCCAGAACAAACCUGACACACUGAACCACCCAAACUGGAAAACAUUCUCAUCUUUGUCCACUCUAGUGGACUAGUCCGCCAUCCCAUAUUUGGACCAUGACACCAACCAUGAACACGUUUACGUUUUUAGCCACACAAUCAUUCUCUUCAUCUUGCUGCCUUUUUAUGUAAAGCUGCUUGCGAGUUUGUAUUUACUGUAUUUAUACUGUAUCUGAUGAAAAUAAGUGAGAGAAACGCGGUCCUUUCCUCCCUCUAAUGUCAAUCUGUACUUUUGUUUUAGCAGCUUGAUUGACCGAUAUCACUUCAUUAGAAAAUGAAGAGAAUAAAAGAAGAAAUAAAUGUGA